AUGGUUGACAAACUUUCAACUGAUUCGACAAGAGUCUCAGUCAAAGAUAUGGGGAAGAGCUCCGUAGAACAGGUAGUGGAUGGAUGGCUUUUCCAACUCGAACACAUCAAAACAUUCGCUCAACUUGAUAUCAAUCCGGUCGAUCCCUACCAGAAAGCCCUGUCCAUCUUCCAGGACUUCACUAAUUCGGUCGUCCAUGCUCUCAAGGCGCAUAAUCAUGAGGUUAUCGAGCUUGUCUUCGAAGGUGCGCUCAGAAACAUCUAUGAGGGACUUCCAGUGUUCAAUGCGCGGAACGAAUACAGCCAGUUUCUAGGAUGGGUCAAGGAUGCAACUCUCAAGCACCCAUUUCGUCGAACAGCAAAGCAGCACCAGUGGCUACAAAUUGUGCAGCUGCAGAAAGAUGACAACCCCAUGUCUAUCGCUAGCAAAAUCCUCUAUGCGGUGGCAGAGAUUCCAAACUGGCAAGAACGUGCAUACGAUCCCGAGAACCUAGUCAAAGAUCCCGAGGCACUAUAUUUCCUCAAACAAAAGAACGGCAUCAAAACUGUAGCCACAGAGGCAGCCGGAAUCGACGACAAUUGUACGAUCUGCACCAAUACCUUCAACGACACCUCGUAUGCGCCUCAGCGCGCGCCUUGCGGACACGUACUGUGUAGUUCUUGCUUCAAGAAGUGGCUCCUUGAGUCCAAGGGUUUGUACACAUGUCCUCUGUGUCGUGCAUGUGUCAUAUGUGGUGAGAAUGACUGCAAACAUCACGCGGUCUAUCAGGAUCAAGCGCCUCCAGUCCCUUUAGCAUACAUUCUAGAUGCAUUACUCCCCGAGAAGGCAGGUGUAAGCCUGCAUGGAAUCUUGCCUAUACUGUACUGGGAGCUACGUGAGGAAACAAGGCACGAUCGGGGUACGUUGGCAUAUAUUGAGGCGAUAUUGGGAGCACAUGGCCAUCAGCUAGACGAUGCGUGGCAGGCUUUGUUGGCACGUGAUGUUGAAGAAGUGCGGGGAAAGAUCAAGUCAGUGCUCGUAGGGAAGAUGCGGAGUGAGGCAAUCUAG